AUGGAAGGGAUUGGAACCGCAUCUGCGAUCUUACAACUAUCCGGGACAGCAGCCAAGGCGUCUUUGCAGCUUUACGAAAUCAUCGUGACAAUUCGAGAUGCCCCGCGCGAGCUUUGUGUCCUUGGAGAUGAUGUGGAGGCCCUGAGCACUCUUCUGUCCAACCUGCAACGAUCUUUGGAGUCUCCUCAGACGCAAAGCGCCGUGGACCAAGACCCUGAAAUUCGGAAGGGCAUGGAUAGCCUUCAAGGCCUCAUUAAAAGAUGUGAGAAGACGUGCCAACAAGUAAAAGAAUAUCUGGGCUCGUGCAUUCGGAAUGAAAAACCCGACAAAGCCUCAAUUAAGGGUAAGGAUGGAGAUGGUAGUGCAAUUGCUGAGCCUCUACCCUCGAUGGGAUCGAUUAACAGGGUUGCGUGGCUCUUCAAGCGAAAGGAUGUCUUCAUCCGGGUGUCUGAGCUACAACGCACAAAACAGCUUUUUUCUGACGCCAUGGGCACCCUCACAUUGCUUGUUACUCUGAGGAUAUCAGGGAUAUCUGCCGGCCCUGAUGAUUCAGCCCUUCCUCCGGUCGAUCCUGAGCUCGCGCAGGAGCUCUUCGAAGUAGUUAAACGCGGGUCCAUUCGCCUUGUGGAGCUCCUACUGGAUCGGGUUGAUAUUAACACUCGGCGGCCUCGGGAUGGCCGUACCGCACUCUCAUUCGCCGCCGAGCUGGGAAAUGUAAAGAUGACGAAGUUUCUGCUGGACCACGGUGCCCGAGUCGACAUUCGCCAGUACACUCGUAGCUGUGCAGACAGCAAGGGCCCGACUUUCGUUGGCGGGCGCACCCCACUACACUGGGCAGCGGACUCGGGGACCUCGGCAAAGGGCGAGAUCAUUAAGCUCUUGCUGGACCAUGGGGCCAAUCCAAACGCCGCCACUAGUGCAGGCCGACCGGCACUGCAAUUUGUGUGCAUACAAGGUGAUUGUUGGUGCGCUGUGAAUGAAGCUGCACAUCAUAAUCACACUGAACUACUGAAGGUCCUCCUGGAGUACAAGCCGUUGCUUGACGUCAAUGUUGAUCUCAAAGGCGAUCGAAAGGCGCCUCUACACAGUGCUGUCUCCAACCGCAAUGCUGAGUUGAUGAAACUGCUACUCCAGAAUGGCGCUGAUCCAGAUAUCGGCAUGUUCGAAGAUAACACCCCUUUGCAUCUUGCUGCCGCUAUGGGCUGGUUGGAAGGUAUCAAUAUACUCCUGGAUUGGAACGCCUCAGUCGAUGUUCAGGAUGCCUUUCUCUUUGAAACGCCUCUACACAAGGCGGCACGAAACCGGAAGGUGAAAAUAUGCCAAGUUCUGUGUCAACGUGGUGCCAACCCAGCAGUUGAGAAUAUCGACGGGUUGGAUUAUCAGGCUAUUUUGAACUGCACGCAGCGGUACCCUGACGACUGGAAGGUGAACCCGGACAAGGUUUAUUUCAUGUCUUGA